GGAUGAUCGUGAACUUAUAAAAGGGGUAUUAAAUUUCAGCCAUCAUGUAUCAACCAGUCUGAACGACAUCAUCAUCAAUCAGUCUCUAUUCUCAACAUUAAUACUUUACAAUGAGACUCCUAGAGACUGGGGCUUUGUUACUCGCUUCGGCGGCUUCGGCGGCCGUUGUCACUCCACGAGCUUCCUGUGCGCUCCCAUCUACAUACCGCUGGAACUCGACUGGGGCAUUGGCCAAUCCGAAAUCCGGAUGGGUCUCGCUCAAAGACUUCACUCAUGUCACCUACAAUGGACAGCAUCUCGUCUAUGGAUCCUUUCACGACACGGGAUCGACUUGGGGGGGCAUGAAUUUUGGCCUGUUUAACGACUGGUCCAACAUGGCCUCGGCAAGCCAGAAUAAGAUGAACCCCGGCACCGUUGCGCCCACCAUCUUUUACUUUGCCCCCAAGAAUAUCUGGGUACUUGCGUAUCAAUGGGGACCAACGACAUUCUCCUACCUGACGUCAAGCAAUCCCUCCAGCGUGAGUGGAUGGUCAUCACCACAGGCCCUCUUCUCCGGAACCAUAUCCGGGGCGAGCGCCAUAGACCAGACUGUCAUUGGUGACAGCUCAAACAUGUAUCUGUUCUUUGCAGGAGACAACGGCAAAAUCUACAGGGCUAGCAUGCCGAUUGGCAACUUUCCGGGCAAUUUUGGCACAGCAUCGACGGUGGUCAUGAGCGAUUCGACCAAUAACCUGUUCGAGGCUGUCCAGGUCUACACCGUCCAGGGCCAGAACAAGUAUCUCAUGAUCGUUGAGGCAAUUGGAGCAAACGGACGCUAUUUCCGCUCAUUCACGGCCACCAGCCUGAGUGGCUCAUGGACUCCGCAAGCUACAAGCGAGAGCCAGCCUUUCGCCGGCAAGGCGAACAGCGGCGCGACUUGGACUAACGACAUCAGCCAUGGCGAUUUGAUUCGCAGCAAUCCCGAUCAGACAAUGACGAUUGAUCCUUGCAACUUGCAGUUCUUGUACCAGGGGCGAGCGACCAAUUCUGGAGGCACCUACGAUCUUUUGCCGUAUCGACCGGGUCUGCUAACUCUGCAGCAUUAGUACAGCAUCCUUACUGAAUGAGUUUAAAAUAGUACCAUCUACAGGAUGGGGCUUUGUUUUUUAUCUAUAUAUUAAAUUGCUAGUUCCUAUGCGCUAUUCUGUUUCUGCUUCAGUGUUUGAUCAUUAGAUCCUUUAUACAUGGCUUCAUUAUCCACGGA